CUCCCUGCAACCAGAACCAACUUCAGCUUCUGACUUUUUCGUGCGCGAUGGCGAGUCCGAUCCACCUCGAGCCGCGUCGAUGCGCUCUCCUACUCCUCCUCCUUCUCUCGCCUCUGGUCCUCGCCGUCUCCGAACCGGAGGCGGCCGCCAGCCCGGCCGGCGCCGCGUUCUUCGUCUUCGGCGACUCCACCGUCGACCCCGGCAACAACAACUACAUCAAGACCAUCCCCGAUAACCGCGCCGACUACAAGCCCUACGGGCAGGACGGCUUCUCCGGCGAGCCGACCGGCCGGUUCUCCAAUGGCCGCGUGAUCGUGGACUUCAUAGCGGAGUACGCGAAUCUGCCGGCGGUUCCUCCGUUCAUGCAGCCGGCGGCGGACUACAGCCGCGGCGUGAACUUCGCUUCCGGGGGCGGGGUCCUCCCGGAGACCAAUCAAGGACAGGCAAUUAAUCUUCCGACGCAACUGAAGAAUUUUGACAAAGUGAGAGAGAAAUUGAUCGAGGAAUUCGGAGAGACAAGGGCGCAAGAAAUCGUGUCGGAAGCGGUUUACUUCAUCAGCAUCGGAAGCAACGACUACAUGGGUGGCUACUUGGGGAGUCCCGCGAUGAGGCAGCUCCACCCGCCGGACGUGUUCGUCGGCCUGGUCAUCAGCAACUUGACAAACGCAAUCCAGGAGCUGUACCAAAAGGGAGGGAGGAAAUUUGGGUUCCUGAGCUUGGGUCCACUGGGUUGCUUGCCGGCGCUUAGAGCGGCGAACCCUAACAGCAACGCCGGCGACGGCGGCUGCUUCGAGGACGCUUCGGCUCUCGCUCAAGCACACACCAACGCUCUGAACGGCAUCCUCCUAAGCCUCCAGCACAUCUUCCCAGGUUUCAAGUACGCCAACUCCAAUUUUUUCGAGUGGCUUGCCGAUCGGAUGAGCAACCCCUCGAACUACGGAUUCAAGGAUGGCGUGAACGCUUGCUGUGGGUCCGGACCAUACGGCGGUGUCAACACGUGCGGAGGCAAGCAGGGGGCCGAGUACAAGCUGUGCGAGAACCCGGAGGAUCACGUGUGGUGGGACUCGUUCCACCCGACCGAGAAGAUCCAUGAGCAGCUCGCCAAGGCGCUGUGGGACGGGCCGGCGUCGGCCGUGGGGCCGUACAACCUCCAAGACCUCUUCCUCGACAAGAUGGAGGUCACCAUUGCCGACAUUGUCCAUGGAACCGUGGAGCAGGACUUCAUGUACUGAACAGAGUUUAGAAAUUUUUAGUGUCCUUGAAGCUCUGGUAGUUGAGCGAGCUCGCGAGGUUACAUGGACAUGGAUCUGCUAUGGCAGCAUUAAUAACUGCAUCUCGCUUGCUAAUUACGAUGGGAACAGGAUCAAGGUGACUAGAGUGGACUAGAUCAAAUUACAUUUUUAUGGUUUGUCUUUGUUGAAAAAUUAUAUUAGAGAAUUUGAAAGUUUACGCAUUUUCGACA